GGGAACCAAGUGUUACCGCUUGGCGACUAUGGAGGGCGGUGUUUAUCCAAUUACGGAGAAAAAAUGGAGGACGACAGACCCGUUGCUAAUCAAAACAAUCGGGAUUCAGAGCCGAUUGAAAAUGGAUUAGACAAUAACGUCAACCAAAAUGGACAUGAUGCACCUGAUAGGGCCGGAAGUGGCAGCCUUAGAGAUUUCGUAUCAAGGAAUUACCACGAUCAAAGAGUUUCUGGCACAGCUGUAGAGAUGUCACAGGCUGAUGAAGAGAGGAGGAAUAACUUCUUUCAGAGGGCAAUCAGUGAAAGUCAGCGGAUGAGUGCUGAAGUCGACCGAUGCCAACAGAGGCACGAGGCACUGCAGGCAGAGUUGGGCGCAGGCAACCUACACGCCUGGACCAUGGAACAUGCAUCACAGGUCACCGUGACCCUACCCAGCCAUUCACAGUCAACGAUACCAGAACUUCAGGAGCCCAUGGAUGAAUAAUAGUAUACAAAUAUUGAGUGGCUCAGCGUGGAAUGGGAGGAAUAUUAUCGCAAGGUAAAAUCUGAACUUUUCCAUUUCAUGAGGCGAAGC